GCCGGAGGCCGCAGUCGGCAUGCCGUGCACGUUGUUUCUGUACCCUAUGCUGUUGUGUUGCUCAGCUAGCAAGCUAGGCUUAACCGUGGCGGCAACGUGUUCUACUUGUGGUAUGGUGCGUCGCCGUUAAGGAAGUUGCAACAAUGUCUCAGCUCUACGUGCUCUUCGAGCACGCUGUGGGAUAUGCGCUCUUUCGAGUCAAGGAGUUCGAGGAGGUCGGCAUGGCGCUACCUCAGGUGGAAAAGAGCGUCCUCGACUUCAACAAGUUCAAGUCGCUCGUGCAUCUGAUAGCGUUUUUCCCAUUUCGCACAGCAGUGAACGCAUUGGAGAACAUGAAUUGUGUCACUGAAGGUGUGGUUCAUGAUGAUCUGCAGACCUUUUUGGAAACAAAUGUUCCCAAAUCUACAAAGAAGAGCAAGGUGAUUCUUGGCGUUGGUGACUCGAAAUUGGCAAUGACCAUACAGGAGUCUAUGGGAAUCUCUUGCCAGCACACAGGCAUAGUCCCAGAAGUCAUCAGAGGUGUUCGGCUUCAUUUCUACAAGCUCGUCAAAGGGCUCACAGAUGUAUCCUCUUCCAAAGCACAGCUUGGAUUGGGGCACAGCUACUCGCGUUCCAAGGUCAAGUUUAAUGUCAACCGCAUUGACAACAUGAUCAUUCAAAGCAUUGCUCUUCUGGAUCAGCUUGACAAGGACAUUAACACCUUUGCCAUGAGAGUCAGGGAGUGGUACUCUUACCACUUUCCAGAACUCGUGAAGAUUGUCCCCGACAACUACACUUAUGCCAAGACAGCCUCGCUGAUCAAGAACCGGAAGGACCUCACUGAAGAUAGCCUUGAAGCACUUGAGGAAGUGGUCAUGGACAGUGCAAAGGCCCAGGCUAUCAUUGAUGCUGCAAGAGCUUCAAUGGGAAUGGAUAUAUCACCUGUGGAUUUGAUCAACAUUGAGAUGUUUGCCUCGCGUGUCAUCUCCCUGGUGGAAUACCGCAAGCAACUCAUGGAAUACCUCAAGACCAAGAUGCAUGACAUUGCCCCCAACCUGGCAACACUCAUCGGCGAAACGGUUGGAGCACGAUUGAUAUCACAUGCUGGCAGCCUGACUAACCUGGCCAAGUACCCAGCAUCCACUGUUCAAAUUCUGGGGGCUGAGAAAGCCUUGUUUAGGGCUCUGAAGACUCGAGGCAACACGCCCAAGUAUGGUCUUAUCUUCCACUCAACAUACAUUGGACGUGCUGGUGCCAAAAAUAAAGGUCGCAUUUCACGCUACCUGGCCAAUAAGUGUUCCCUGGCUUCUCGGAUUGAUUGCUUCAGUGACUUGCCAACUAACAUUUUUGGCAUGAAGCUCAAAGAGCAAGUUGAAGACAGGCUAAAAUUUUACGAGACUGGCGACAUACCAAGGAAGAAUGUGGAUGUGAUGACUGAUGCAUUGGCCGAGGCACAAGCUGCAGUGGCUGCUAUGAAGAAGCAGAAGAGGAAGGAAAAGAAGAAGAAAAAGAAAGAAAGGGAAGCAAUGGAGAAUAGCGCCAUGGACACAACAGUGGAUGCAGAAGAGCAAGAGGAAGAAUCGCCACCUAAAAAGAAGAAGAAAAAGACGCAUGCAGCUGCGGAAGAUGCAGAUGAAGCAGCUGAGCUGAAUUGCAAUGGGGAAACCGGUGAACAUGUGAAAAAACCGAAGAAGAAGAAAAAGAAAUCCAAGGAGAGUGAAUGAGGUCAAAUUUCUGUACAGGAAUUCCGUUUGCAGAAAAUAAAGCAUGUUUUACUUUUUAUGGGAA